CUGCAUCAGUUACCCAUACAAAUAAAAGGCCAGGCCUUUUAGCUUUGUGUUCCUAAGCCUGGGAAGGGCUCUUAGAUUCGUAUGAAUAGCUCACUCAAAGACCACUUUAUCAUCUCUGACAGGGCUAACGUCUUCCCAGAAAGCUUAGGCUUUGUUUGAACAACUUGCAUGUUUCCUUUUAUUGUUUAGGUUUUCUUUUUGAAAAGGAGGCAAGCUUUCGGAUCUUGGAAGCUGUUGCCAUGUUUGAAGUGUCUGAACUGUGGCAUUAUAUCAGUUUUUACCCAGACCGGGCUGUGAAGGGGUGCAGUGGGUUGUGAGAUGCAUGUGAGAAAAAGUUACGACCACACAAGAAAAGAGCUUCAUCGAAAAGAUGAAGAAAACAGGCAGGAACAUCGUGGUGUUCUACGGCUCUCAGACGGGCACGGCCGAGGAGUUCUCCAACCGCCUCGCCAAAGAUGCCCAGCGCUACGGCAUGAAGGGGAUGGCAGCGGAUCCAGAGGAGUACGACAUGUCGGAGCUCUCUCGCCUGGCGGAGAUAGAGAACUCCAUCGCCAUCUUCUGCGUGGCGACGUACGGCGAAGGGGACCCCACGGACAACGCUCAGGAGUUCCACGAUUGGCUGCAGGAGGGCGACGCCGAGCUGGGGGGCGUCAACUUCACGGUGUUCGCUUUGGGGAAUAAAACAUACGAGCACUUCAACGCCAUGGGGAAAUACGUGGACAAAAGGCUGGAGGAGCUGGGCGCCAAGAGGAUCUUUGACUUGGGGAUGGGAGACGACGACGCCAAUUUGGAGGAGGACUUUGUGUCCUGGCGGGAGCAGUUCUGGCCCGCGAUGUGUGAGCACUUCGGCGUGGAAGCCACUGGAGAGGAGUCCAGCAUCCGGCAGUACGAGCUGGAGGUGCACGGCGACAUCGACAUGAGCACGGUCUACACCGGAGAGAUCAGCCGCCUCAAGAGCUUUGAGACCCAGAGGCCGCCCUUCGAUACCAAAAACCCAUUUCUGGCUCCAGUCACGGUCAACCGCAAACUGAACAAGGGGGGGAGCCGCCACCUGAUGCACCUGGAGCUGGACAUCACGGGCUCUAAGAUCAGGUACGAGGCUGGAGACCACGUUGCAGUGUACCCCACCAACGACCCUGCCAUCGUCAAUCAGAUCGGGCACGUGCUCGACGUGGACCUUGAGACUGUCAUCUCCCUCAGGAACCUUGACGAGGAGUCCAAUAAGAAGAACCCAUUCCCUUGUCCCACCACGUACCGCACGGCCUUGAUGCACUACCUGGACAUCACCAGCCCCCCGCGGACCAACGUGCUGUAUGAGCUGGCUCAGUAUGCCUCAGACUCCGCCCAACAGGAGCACAUGCGCAAAAUGACCUCCUCUUCCCCGGAGGGAAAGAGUCUGUACCAGAGCUGGGUGCUGGAAUCUCGCCGAAACAUUCUGGCCGUCCUGCAAGACCUGCCCUCCCUGCGCCCGCCCAUCGACCACCUGUGUGAGCUGCUUCCCCGCCUACAGACCCGGUACUACUCCAUCGCCUCCUCCGCCAAGGUGCACCCCGGCAGCAUUCACAUCUGUGCCGUGGUGGUGGAGUACCAGACCAGCACCAACCGGGUGAACAGGGGCGUGGCCACCACCUGGCUGAAGAACAAGCGGGUGACGGACAACGGGCACAAGUCCACGGUGCCCAUGUACAUCCGGAAGUCUCAGUUCCGGCUGCCGUUCAAGCCCAGCAGCCCGGUGAUCAUGAUCGGGCCUGGGACCGGCAUCGCUCCCUUCAUGGGCUUCAUCCAGGAGCAGGCCUGGCUCAGAGAGCAAGGCCGGGCGGUAGGCGAGACCAUUCUGUACUAUGGCUGUCGUCAUAGAGAUGAAGACUUCCUGUACCAGGAGGAGCUGGAGGAGUUUGAGAAGGCGGGAGUGCUCACGCAGGUCAACGUGGCCUUCUCUAGAGACCAGGAGCAGAAGGUGUAUGUGCAACAUCUGCUGAAGAAGGACCAAGAGCACCUGUGGAAGCUGAUUGACCGGGAGAACGCACACAUCUACGUCUGCGGGGAUGCCCGGAACAUGGCGCGGGACGUCCAGAGCACCUUCUCCGACAUGGCGGCGGAGAUCGGAGGAAUGGAUCGCGCCCAGGCGGCGGAGUACGUCAAGAAGCUGAUGACCAAGGGCCGGUACUCACAGGACGUCUGGAGCUAAAACAAAAAAAAACUAUAAAAACCUCAAACUGACCGACUCUCAGAAACGCACAUUCCGUUCUGGAUUCUGGAUGACUGGCUAAUCACUGCUGGUAUUUUUUUUGCAAGACAAAACUUAAAACCUUCAGAGAUGAACUAUUCGUUGAAUGUGAUGUCAGGGUUGAGUUGGUUGGCUACCUCAGGUUGGAUUCUGUAAGUGCUAAGCUUUUUCCUGACCAAAAUAACAACUGUGGCCUGUUAACGUUGCACACACUCAUCAGAUCUGACAUAAGAAGGAAUUUUAAAGUGAGCUCUAACUGUCACACGUAGAAUGUGUUGUCGUCGGGUUAAUUGAGUGUGUAAAUAUCAAGGAUGAGUAAUACAUUUAAUGCUGUAGAGAACAGGCAAAUCAUAAUAUUUUAAAAAGGUGAAAAACCAUUUCUUAACCUUUGAAAAAAACUGCCGUUUGGGAUUAUGUGGAGACUGUUUUUUAAGGAUUAUUUUAUGUGCAAGAUGCUCAACUGUGACAAGAAGAACGGUCAGACAUCCACAGUAUAGCAGGCCUGUCUGAUAUUCACACAUCAUCUGUGCAGUCAUGUCCAUUUCUAAUCUGGCCUUAUAUUUAUGGUACAUGUCGGUGGCUUGUACUGGACACUUGAAAUCGGUUUUAAAGACAAUCACUUGCUAGCACCGACAAUAAUAAAAUAUAUUGUAAAAUCA